AUGCAGUUCAAGCAGCUCCUUUUCACCGCCAUCGGCGCUCUCAUGGCUUCCACCGCCACUGCCGCUCCUACCAAUGCUGCUCCGGCCAUCAGACAGACUGAUACUCAGGUCACGCACUUUGUCUCAUUCGAGUUCCUUGCCAACCAGACUCAGUCUGAUAUUGACGAUGUCAUCACUCGUUUCCUGUCACUCAAGGACAACUGCAAGAAGCCCGACGGUUCUACCUACAUUUUGACCGUCUCUGGAGGAACAAACAACAGCCCGACUGACCGCAACGGCGGCUUCACUCACGCUUGGACAAACACAUUCUCCUCGCUUGAUGACCGUAACUACUACUUGUUCGAGGACCCUUACCACUUGGCCUUUGAGGCCGACAUGGUCUACCACCUUCAGGAUGCCUUCGCUUUCGACUUCCUCCCUUCUACCUAUCAGACCUUGGAGGAGUUGGAAAUUGAGGGUCUGGACUAA